CCGGGCCGACAAUAAGAACGGUAUCUAUUUGAACCUGACCAGCUAUAGCCAUCAGACGGUGCCACUUUUACAGGAAAUGGGCUCGUUAGCACGUCGUAUACUACUGACAUUGUGUCUAGCUCUCAAAUUGCCAGGGUGCUUCCGACCCACGCUCUCUCUUCUGCCUGGCCGGUAUAGCCAUGCGCAUUGCACAGCGAAUAGGUCUCAACAACGAUGGCAACAGCUUUGGACUUCCUCCUUUCGAGACCGAAAUGCGUCGACGGCUAUGGUGGCAGCUCUUACUUAUCGACCAUCGGGUUGCCGAGAUCUCUGGUUGCCCGCCACCUUCCUACUCUUGGAGCACGAAUCCUCCGCUCAACGUGAAUGACAGCGACCUUUUCGAAGGCAUGCGGGAUGGUCCUGUGGAGUCUGAAAGGUCGACCGAGAUGAUAUUCGUCUCUCUGCGAUGCCAAAUCUUCGAAUUCACCGGAAAACUCCAGGCGAUAUUGGAUUCGCCGACGCGCACGAAAGACAAGGCUAUCGAUGCCUUUGAGCGCCACCUUGAAAGCCAGUAUCUGCAACACUGUGACUCGUCCGCUCCGGUACACUCUUUCUCGAGUCUGCUGGCGCGAUUGGAAGUAUCGAAACUACGCUCGGGGCUCUUCAGUCCACGAGUACCACCGGGUUCUCGACGUCAACUGCCUCAGAAUGAGCAAGACAGCGUCUUUGCCGCCAGCUUGAGGGUGAUGGAACUUCAUAACGCGAUGCUGGCAACGGAAACUAUUCAGAAGUUUGUCUGGUAUGCCCUGACGAAUCCCCCAUUUCCAGCCUAUCUUUACUUGUUAUGCGGUUUGCGUACGAGGACGAGCGGCGAAUUGGCAGACAGAGCCUGGGAACAGCUCGCCCAGCACUCGGAAAAUCGUGAGAAGCACAGCUCAUGGGAUCACCCCAACAAAUCCAGCCCGUUACGUUUUGCGAUUGCCAGUUUGACCAUCAAGGCAUGGGAAGCCCGCAAGCCAGCGAGGUCGCAUGCGCCACGCUUCAUCUCCGACUUACGUGGACGACUAGCGUCCAACAAGACACGAAUGACAGACGAUGUAGUCGGGGCAAGUGAUGCCUUCAACCCUGGUGGAGUGCCGAGGUUGGCCUCCACGGAUGUCUUCUCUUUGCCCGGGUUGCCACUCAACGAGCUGGAAUGGCCAACAUAUAUCGAUUUCAUGCAAGACGAUGUAAUGUUUCCCACUGGCGAAACCCAGUCUUUCGGAUACGGUGCUGGACCCACCUGAAGAAUGUCAAGGGAGAUGGUCUCGUUACAGGGCGCCUGUUUCCACCAAAAAGUGGCACUGUCUGACAGGGAGCAUAUCGAAGACACACAAGUUCGAUGUCAAGCUGGUUCACAACAGCGGAAGCCUCGAAGCAAAACAUCAGCACUGUACAGUAGAGCUGAUGGCCUCUCUUGUGACAAAAGCCAACACUAUAUCGUUAAUGUGUGAAGGACUCCGGAAUGACAACAAGAAUGGUAUCUACUUGGACCUGACCAGCUACAGCGGCCAGACUGUGCCACUGUUCCUGGAAACAGGCUCAAGGGGUCGUGAUGGGCUGGGCCUGGGAA